UAUUAUCAUUAGUUAAAAAAGUCCGGUCUGUCUUUCUUGCAUCCUUCAAAGCAUCUUUUGAUACACACUUUCUUAUCAACAGAAAUUAUUUUCGACAUUUUAAAUUAAUAAGCAGUAGAACUGACAACACAGCGAAUUUUUGACAAGACAACGUCAUAAAGACAGUACCUGAGGCCAACCUAACAAAAAUAUAUCUACGCCUGCUGAGAAUUUAAAACAAUGGUGAACGGAUAAUAUGUCGGCGUUUCUUCUCAAACUGUCUGUUUUAAGUGUAUUUCAAAUAACAAAAAAAUUUGGUGUUUUUAGUUUUUUCUUUUACCCACAGUCAAAAAAUGACAAAAGCUUCAUUGUCAAAUUCAAAAUUUUUGAAGCAAUGUCGGGUUCGGACCAACUUAGUCACUUCAGUUCGCUCACGUCUCGCUUCUCCCAAUACAGUGAAAAUGAAUAUUCCAAAUACUUUGUCAUCCCUCAACGUUACAUUUUUUGCCUUCUUGCCUCCCUCAUAAUGAUGAACACGACUUCAAUACAUUCAACAAUCGAAGUGAUUGCUUUGCAAAAUUUCAUUUUCGAGAAAAGCACAAACACAGUCGAUACGUGCCAAAGACCCGAAACUACGAAAAAGGUCGAAAGACAACCGAAAAAUAUCUCGCUUUUAAUUUACGACUGGAGUCUCAGUGAGCGCUACCUGAUCUCAGACACGUAUUAUUGGAGCAGUUUACUAAGUCUCAUCCCCGGUGGUAUUAUCUCGGCCCAAUUUGGCGGCAAAUACGUUAUCACACUCUCUGUUCUUUUCUCGGGUUUUUGCACCCUGAUGGCACCUGCCCUUAUCGACUUAAGUAACGGCAAACUCGGCUUCGUGCUAACAAUUCGCGCCUUGAACGGCUUCUUCCAAGGGCUUUUCAUCCCAUCUGCCAUGUCCCUGCUCGCCCAUUGGGCCCCAAACUGCGAACGCGCCGUCAUGACGAGCAUAAUUUACGGUACUGCUGUUUUGGGAAACCAAAUCUGUCGUGUGAUGCACACAGCCUUCAUGAACCUCACUUGGAGACCAAUGUUUUACUUAUUCGCUUGCAUCCACCUGACUUUGUGCGUUUUUUGGCACUUGCUGGUUUAUCCCUCGCCCGGACAAAACCCCUUCUUGAGUGUAAACGAGAAGAGGUGUCUGAAUGAAGACCCAGAUGACAGUAUUGUCAUGGGGCGCAAACCAAUCCCUUGGAGGAGAAUUUACAAAUCUUGUCCUGUCUGGACUCUGGGGGUUUAUCAAUUGGGGUCAAGUUGGGCCUGGCAAGUGUACAAGAAAACCCUCAGUUGGUAUUUACCCCUUGUUUUGAAAACUGGAGUCAUGCAAUCAGCGUGGUGGACGCCCUUUUUUCUCUAUUUCGGUUUGACCAUCACUUUCGGGUUUGUGGCAGAUUGGUUUGUUAAAGGGGGGCAUGUGGGGCGGAAUGCCAUGCGAAAAAUUUACAUUGUUAUAGGCAACUAUGGUACGGCUUUGUGUUUCAUGUUUGUGACUUUUGAGGGCUGUAACAGGGAAACUGUAAUGGUGUACACUACCAUAUUCUUGUGUUUAGAUGCCACAUAUUUUGCCUCAACUGCUGUUAUUCCAUUAGAUUUGACGUCAAAUUUCGCCGGGAUUAUAUUAGGAAUAAUGUGGAGUAUUGAACAUUUCCUGAUCAGUACAGCAUCGUACAUUGUAGAUUUAUUUACCAAAGAUGAGUCUUUGACCCAAUGGAUGGGUUUAUUUUGGACCACGUGCGGCAUUCAAAUCUUUGCAUCUACAAUAUUUUUGCUUUAUGGAGACGCCAACCGCCAGGCAUGGAAUUACAUUGGUCCACAGAUUAAUUAAACACUUUUCAUAAACCCCGCCACAUUUAAUUGCCACCAUAUGGUCCACCAUCAUCCUCGCUCCCCUAUUUGGUCUACUAGAGAGCGCGUCACGGCGACGACGUCCACGUCCUCAAUUGAUAAAAUCGAGAGAAAGUCGCCAGCUGUUCCUUACAACCGUCUCCAACCACCACAUAACGCCUUUCCGACACCGGCGUCCACCGCGACGCCUUUUUCACCGCUUGACGCAAACGUAAAAUGGGUCUUAGACGCGUCGUUUCACCGGCGUCGCGAUGCCAAACGUCGUUUCGCCCACGUGUAAGGCAUUGCCCAACAUGUGUUUGUACGUUUGUGCAAAAAACAGGCCACCUCGCGGCAAUGAUGGUGUAAUAAUUGUUUGCUUUUGGAAUGCGACGGCUUUUCGAUGAUUAAGUCGCCGAUUGUGACUCACAACGAUCGUUGAGGGAGAGCUCCAGUGGUCUUUAUACCAUAAAUGGACGAAAUGGGUUAGAGAGCGGGUCAUGGACUCGAAAGUGAACCGAAUUAUUUUUCACAAGUUAGAUCGCGAUUUUAGGAUUUGGUUUUGGGGGGUUUACGCCUUAUAUGGACAAUUGGGGCAACGAACAAAUGUUCUUUUGCGAAUUUAUUUUCAAAACUGCGCACAGUUAUUUAGAAUUUAGGGCAUAGUUUGCCAGGGGAGCAAAAAUAGACGCAACAAAAAUAGCAAACUCGCGAAUAUUCGUCCAUUGAUCGGAUUUAUUUGUGCAAUUAAAACAGACAAAUAUAUUUGACAACACGUCGCCGUUGGAUUAACACAAAUCCAAGAGUUGCACUAUUUAAUUUGUUCCUGGUGUCAAAGCGGCUCUUAUAACUCCAGUUUUAUUGGCAAUAAUCCAAGGCAUUUGCAGAGUUGAAAUUGUUUAGAUGUUUGUCUUUGGGACGAAGAAGAAGAAUUAAUGUUUGACUGAACCGUGGAAUUAAUUGCGUUAUUAAUUUCAAAAACGGCAACCAAAGCCAAGUUUUGACGUUUUGUACAUCCCGACCACACCUAACAAAUUUUCCAAUAAAUGAAAGUUAUUUUAACUAA